AUGUCGGAAAAUGAGCGGCAGCUGGCCGAUUCAAGGCGGGCCCCUCCAACCGUGCCUCUGUUGGGUUCGUCAGAGCCGGGAGCUUCGGGUCCCUCUGGCAAUGACUCUCAAGCAUCCCUCCAGGCGAAGCGACGCCGGCGCCCAGCUGACGCGAAAAGUCAACCACGUAAGAAUCAAUCAUUCUACUUUGUCGACUCCACCUCUUCAUCCAAGGAGAAACGAGCCCAUGUUAUGCGCCACCAUGUCCAAGAGAAGAAGAAGCAACGCAAGCUAUCCCACGACCCAUCAUUCUCCAAGCCGGGCGUCAACCAUACACAGCCAGUCAGAACAGGCUCCGGGAAUGAUGCAGAACUUGAGGCCGAGGCGCCAUUGAAUAGCGCACAAGAAUCCUCCGCCAACAAAGAUUCGUCGCUUCAAAUCAGGUUUUCGGCUGUGAGGCCCUAUUCCCAGCCCACAGUCCCUGUGCAAAUCGGCUCUCCCAUCACUAUGAUGGAUGCAUCCCGGAAAGAUCCCUUUGCCAGCCUGCCCUUUAUGUAUGAUCGCGAAGAUUUGGAAUUGGUGGACUAUUGGACGAACAAGUUGACGUAUUGGUCCGGGCCAAACACAUACUUAAAGAAUCAAAUCUUCCGAACUGCCAUGGGCCACCCGCUCUCAUUCCAGGCGGUUGUCCUGUCAUACUGCGCGCGGUGGAAAGGGCAGCUGUAUGGCAUCACCGAUAGCACGGAGAUUCGACGUCAUGUCGAUCGCUCCCGACGGCUCAUUGAUGAUGCUUCCGCGGGGUCCAUGUCCGUCAAUGAAGACGACUUGGCCAUGGCUCUGGCAGGAAUGGCUCUCCAGGAGGAACGAUUCGGCAGCAAACCAGUUGCGCAGACGUACGCCACUCGAGCCGUUCAGAUCAUACGACCACGGACCGGCUUCAACAUGCCUGUCGAGGCUUUUCUCCAAUACGUGCGAUACAUCAUGACACCAGUCACUGUAACCAUCAAGCCGGCAGACCGGCGAUGGCUUGUCACAUUUUUACGGGGGGCCGAAGAUCUCAUGCGGGAGCACAAUUCCCCUGAAUAUUCUUUGCGGGCACCCCGGCGGCAUGACGCUUUUCAGAUGGAGAGCCCGCUCUUUUCCCUGCUGUCCAGCGGACCACGGCCUUCCCAGGUGCCGCAGGCAUCGCGAAUGUAUGUGGUUCGGGACUCGACCACCCAAGAGGUGAGUCGAACUGCUGCGCUGAUCUAUAUCACUGCGGCUCUUUGGGACUUCCAGGACUCGCCGAACAAGACCAACCGGUUUCUGCUCUACCUGGACACCAUUGUUCGACAACACCACCUCGACCGACAUCCGGCCUGCGAAACCCUGCUCUGGGUACUGCUGGAGGAGGGAUAUGAGGCAGAUCUCCGGGACCCGGAACGAGGAUGGUCGACGGGCGAGCUGCUGAAAACGCACAAGCAGCUGCGACCGGACCUCCAAUUCCAAUUUAACGAAAUUCUGAUGAAUUUUUUGAGCCUGCGAGCUCCCAUCCGUGGGAUCAAUGUCUUUGAGGAAGCGCUCCAGGCGGAUUGUGCACAAUCCAUGGCGGCCAACACGAUCACAGCAUCCAAUCCAUGA